CGCCCCGAGCAGAGGGCGUCGCCCGGAGCGGGGCCACACGGGCCCGGCGGUUGGGGCUGUAGCGGCGUCCUGCCGUUCCCUCCCGCGCCACUGUGUCCUCGGGGGGAGCCGGGAACCUCGCUCGCCAUGUCGGCUGCGGAGGCGGGGGGUGUUUUCCGCAGAGCCCGGGGCAGGACCCUGGACGCGUUUCCCUCAGAAAAGGAAAGGGAAUGGAAAGGCCCAUUCUACUUCAUCCAAGGAGCAGACCCACAGUUUGGACUAAUGAAGGCCUGGUCCACUGGGGACAGCGACAGUGGCGGUGACGAGUGGGGCCAGGAGAUCCGUCUAACUGAGCAAGCUGUGCAGGCCAUCAACAAGUUGAAGCCCAAACCCAGAUUCUUUGUUCUUUGCGGGGACCUCAUCCAUGCCAUGCCAGGGAUGCCUUGGCGGAAAGAGCAGACAGCAGACCUGCAGAGAGUGCUCACACAGGUGGACAGCGACAUCCCACUGGUGCUGGUCAGCGGCAACCACGACGUGGGCAACACCCCCACACCCGAGACUGUGGCAGAGUUCCAGCAGACCUGGGGGGACGACUAUUUCAGCUUCUGGGUUGGGGGUGUCCUGUGCCUCGUCCUCAACUCCCAGUUCUGGUAUGAUGCUUCCCGAUGCCCCGCUUUGAAGCAGGCACAGGACCAAUGGCUGGAUCAGCAGCUGAGCAUCGUGGGGCAGCACAAGUGCCAGCAUGCCAUCGUCUUCCAGCACAUCCCAUUGUUCCUGCGGAGCAUCGAUGAGGACGAUGACUACUUCAACCUCACCAAGUCCGUGCGGAAGGAGAUAGCCAACAAACUUGCUGGAGCAGGUGUCACCGCUGUGUUCUCAGGCCACUACCACCGGAAUGCCGGGGGCACCUACCAGAACCUUGACAUGGUAGUGUCAUCUGCCAUCGGAUGCCAGCUGGGCCAGGACACCCACGGGCUCCGAGUCGUGGUGGUCACCGCCAAGAAAAUUGUUCAUCGGUACUACAGUUUGGAUGAGCUGAGUGAGAAGGGCAUAGAAGACGAUCUCAUGGGCCUGAUGAAGGAAAAGUGACUGCCCCUGACAGUCUGUUCAUAGUUCACUUUCACUGGUUUUUCACUUUGCUAGAAACCACACCUGUGUACCACCCCCUGUUGAAAUAGAAAAGUACUCCAGGCAGAUUUGUGGAUUUAUGUCCUUUUGCAUAAACCAGAGGGCUGGGUCCUAUCCUCCUAUCCUAAAUUACAUACAAUAUAGAGCUGCCCUCCCUUAAAUAAAAAAGAGAGGCGUGAGGGAAGCCUGAUAUUAAAGGAAUAAACAAUAUUAGAAUCUCAAUGCCUGGGUGUUUGAGUGAAUCCUCCUAAUGAUGUGUUUCUCAGCUUGGCUUGUGAAAUAGAUUGUUUCCUGGUAGCAUUUUGGUAAAUGUCUACCUGUCGACCUCCAUCCCACCUGGAUACCCAAGUAUGGUCUUUGAUAAUUCCACAAACAAACUGCAUCUGAUUGUAUUAAAUUGUGUUCUUGACUCCCAAAAUACAUAGCGAAAGAAAGGUCAUCACCUUUCCUUCCUAACAAAACAAAUAAUUGUGUCCCAUUAGCAGAGCCACGCAGGAGGCUCUUUACAAGGGACUGACUGAGCAGACAACAUUUGCCAUUGAAUUUUUAGACUUCUGGUAUUGUCGACAAUGCAGUCGACACUAGUCAAAGUUGAAUUCGCCUUUUGGGUGAUGAGAAAAGCUUCAUUGGCACAUAAAUCGACCAUCUCCAAAAACCUCAUGCCAGAGACCAGAACUGAAGCCCCAAAGACCCACAUCUCAGUUCACCAGCAGCACAUUUUGAGUUUGCUCCCGUUCACAUCCGAUUGGCGCUGGAGCUCCACAGAAUGGCCUUCUUGUGUGAUGGGAAUGGCCCUCCACUUAUGAGGCUCUUCACUGCAUCUACUUUGACAGAACAAGUGGGACUUGCUGCGAAGUUCUCGAAAGAAACAAAGCAGAAACUCUGGCAGGGCAAGAAUGGUACUUUCAGCCUUGUUACCUAAAUAGGCACCAACUUGGUUAAAUGAAUGGGGGUAGUACCCCUUGACAAAGGAGCGUGGGUGGUUUAAAAUCAGCAUCAUUUUUAUGUGCUCUCCUUCACUGCUGCUUCUCUGCAGCUGCUUGCUGACCACAGUGUGAUCUCAUCCGUUGCCCUGGCGGCCAGGAAACCUAGGCUCUCCGUCCUGCCAGGAAGAUUUCACAUGCCAGGCCGGAGCAGGCAAUCAUACCCCAGUGACUGGUUACAAAUGAACUGAAAAGUCCAUUAAAUCAAAAAAGAUUUUCAUAUUAAAAAGUUUUAGUCAAUGUAGCAAAACCAUGAGAAAUUAAAUAGAAGGAUAAUUGGAUACGUAAAUUCAUAAGCAACAAAAGCCAAGAAGUUAAUUAUACUACAGAUCGGUGAUGCAUCGUAGCUCAUUGUUAUGUGGCACAAGAAAAUUAAAGAUUUUCAAAAUUAGAACACUCUUUUAAUAUUUUGCCACAGUCUUGCUUUGUGUUCAUUUCUCUUGACAACAGGUGUGGAUUUAAGGGGUCAGGAACAGGAGUUCAGUAAAAGGUAAUAAGCCACGUGUCCGAGGCAUGGGAUGUGCUGACUUUCAGAAUCAGAUGCCAGGAUUGUAAAUACAGGUGUGGGGCUGCUGGGGGCCCAGGGAAGAGGAGUCCCAACAGACCAACAAAGCCUUCUGUGUUAUGGGACAUGUGCAAGAUGCUCUCAGUAGGCUGUGGCAUUUGGGUUGGGGGGAAGGAUCUGGAGAUCAUUAAAAGUAAUGGAACUGAGACUUCUAGGUCUCCUUCCGCACAAACCUAAUAUGUAAAAGAACUGUUUCAAAACACAGCAAAGAUAUGCUAAGAAUAGGGAAUCAUAGGAAGUUCUCACCAUUUUUUUAAGUACCCAGCAGUAUUCCUUAAUGCCGGUUGGUUCAGAAAGAAAUGAUUUUGUAGAUGAGCAUGCAUCAUUCUGAGAAUAGCUAAUUACCAAUACAUUCACUUACGAUUGCUUUUUCUUUUAAAAAAACACAUUAAAAAAUAAGUGCCUUAUGCUGUUGAAAAUAAUAAAAUACUCUAUGAUCAUAA